UAUUUUCUAUUCUAUUCUUCUUUCCAUACAGUUUGUGACUGAUGCAGGCAAGCUACUGUAGUCAGGUGUCUGAGUCUGAGGUCUCGGCAGGGAGUUGGUGCAAGUUGAGAUGGGUGGUGACAUCACAGCCAACAUCACUAGGUCCUGCUGCUGAGAGAUUGAAAACAACACCAGGCACAGGUAUCCAUCAGGCUGCAUCUGGUCCCAGGACAUCCUCUCAGGCUGCAGUGGACUACCUGAGGGACCCUGUGAUCCACCAAGAGGACCAGUGAUCUACCAAAAGGACCUAUAAUCAAGUGAGAAGGAACUGUGAUCCGGUGAGGUGUCCAGUGAUCCAUCUGCUGUGAUCCACUGAGGACUGUAUUGGGAUCCACUCAAGAUUUCCAGAGAGAAAGAAUGGUGUUCCACUGAGAGUUCCAGUGAUCCAGCUUGUGUCUUGGUAGUUCUCUGGAGAGCGUGUCCGUCAGGCUGGGAGGAUCAGGAUGCCAGAGCUGGAGGACUUCCCUCCGACGCGGGUUGACCAGCCGGCCGGUCCCGACCCUGCCCAGAUCCAGCGCAGUGUUCUGGAUGAACAGGUGGAGCUGUGGUGGUUCGGAGACCCAGCCAAGUCUCUGCUGUGCUACUGUUUGGCGGUCCUCCUCAUCCUGGGCUGCGGCCUGGGCGGCGUGCUCCUCCUCUCCACCACCACCAGUUUCUCCAGUGACUGGCGCAUGGGAGCGGGCAUGGCCCUGUGUCUCUUAGCCCUGGCCGUCCUUCUCAAACAGCUCCUGAGCUCGGCCGUGCAGGACAUGAACUGUGUGCGGAGUCGCAGGCGGAUCGAUAUCCUGAAGAGCGGAGGGCUGUCGGAUCUGUUAGUGGUGCUGAUCACGGGGCUGUGUCUGGUGGUCUGUGGGGCUGUGCUGCUGAAGCUGGCCUUGGAGCACCACAUGCCCCAGCCGGGCGUGGCCCUGAACGAUAUGUACAUCUCUGGGGUGGUGUUGUUAGCUGGAGGGGGGGCAGCGGUAGUGGGGGUGGGGGUGUACACAGGGGUGGUGUUGCUGCUGGAUAGGACCAGGCCGGGACAGAGGUUUAGGGACAGGGCUGUGGGGCUGUUCACUAUCUCUGGAAGACACAUGGACCAGGGUAGGAGGGAGACCACCUCUAGCCUGGCUAACCUCAUCUGA